AUGAGUGCUUUGCAGAAAAUCGCUGAGAUCGAGGCCGAAAUGGCCAGAACUCAGAAAAACAAAGCGACAAAUGCCCACUUGGGCCUCCUCAAGGCCAAGCUGGCAAAGCUUCGGGCGACGAUCGUGUCCGAGGGCACGAAAGGUAGCGGGGGAGGCGGAGGACAGCAGGGCUUCGAGGUCUCCAAGACCGGAGAUGCUCGAGUUGGCCUCAUCGGCUUCCCAUCCGUUGGCAAGUCGACAUUGCUGAACAAGAUGACAGGAAGCGCCAGCGAGGUUGCCUCCUAUGAGUUCACCACUCUGACCUGUGUCCCCGGCGUUUUCAACUAUAAGGGCGCCAAGAUCCAGCUACUGGAUCUGCCCGGGAUCAUCGAGGGAGCCAAGGAUGGCAAAGGCCGUGGAAAGCAGGUCAUUAGUGUGGCCUACAGCUGCAGCCUGAUUCUGAUAGUGUUGGAUGUAAUGAAGCCGAUCUUACACAAGAGGAAGAUCGAAUAUGAGCUCGAGGGCUUCGGGAUUCGAUUAAACAAGAAGCCGCCGAACAUUCUGUUCAAAAAGAGGGAAAAAGGAGGGAUCGCGCUUAACGUGUCCCCGGGCUGUGUGCUAAAGGACUGCGAUGAGGAGAGCAUCAUGGGUGUUCUUCGAGAGUAUCGCAUCUCCAAUGCCCAAGUCUCGAUUAGAUGUAAUGCCACGAUGGACGACAUCAUUGACACGCUUGAGGGCAACCGGAAGUAUUGCCCUUGCAUCUAUGUCAUGAACAAGAUCGACCAGAUCACAAUCGAAGAGCUCGACAUCAUCGCUGAGGUGCCCCACCACGUGCCCAUUUGUGCACACCAUGAGUGGAACCUGGACGGACUCGUCGAGAUGAUCUGGAGAUACAUGAGCCUACUGAGGAUUUACACGAAACCUCGAGGACAGAUUCCAGAUUACACCGCUCCAGUAAUUCUUCCAGCGGACAAGAACAGGAUUGAGGACUUCUGCGUCCGGAUACACAAGUCUCUCCUAGCGCAGUUCAAAGUCGCACUCGUCUGGGGAAUGUCCGCGAGACAUAAUCCUCAAAGAUGUGGGAAAGACCACGAGCUGAUGGACGAGGACGUCGUGCAGAUCAUCAAGAAGGUUGGCUGA